CCUUCCAUGGCUGCUGCUGCCACCGUGCCCGCCAUGGCUGCCCAGAUGCCCACCCAAGAACAGACUACUCAGACCCCUCCUCAGGGAGAAGUGCGCCCUGACCUGCCGCGUCCUUACAAGUGCCCUCUGUGCGACAAGGCCUUCCACCGCCUCGAGCACCAGACUCGUCACAUCCGCACUCACACCGGCGAGAAGCCUCACGCCUGCCAGUUCCCGGGAUGCACUAAGCGCUUCAGCCGUUCUGAUGAACUGACCCGUCACUCGCGCAUCCACAACAACCCCAACUCGAGACGCGGCAACAAGCAACAUGCCGCCGCCGCCGCCGCAGCUGCAGCAGCUGCUGCCGCCGCCCAGGCAGGAAUCAUGGACCAGGCACAGCACCAGCUUUCAUCGCCCAACGUCUCUCCUCCUCACUCUUACGCCAGCGCCUACACAAGUAACCCUGGCUCCUACCUGACGCGCAAUGUGAGCGGCGACCUCAGCCCUGCUGGUCUUAACCACCCCAUGGACAUCAACCUCCUGGCCACUGCUGCCUCGCAGGUUGAGCGUGAGAACUCCCUUCCCACGCAUCACCUAGGUCUUGCCAGCAGACACACAUAUGGCACCCACCCUUACAGCCACCACCCUUACUCGACCGGUCGCCUUCCCUCGCUUUCGGCUUACCACUACAGCUCGAACCCCACUUCUCAGCCAAUGUCGCGCUCGCACUCUCACGAGGAUGACGAUCCUUACUCUCAACACCGCAUGACCAAGAAGUCGCGUCCUGGCUCUCCCCAGUCGACUGCGCCGCCAUCUCCUUCGUUCUCACACGAGUCUACCUCGCCAACUCCCGACCACACUCCUUUGGCUACUCCUUCUCAUUCUCCUCGGCUUCGUCCGCAGUACUUCCAUAACGGUGUGCAACUCCCCACACUCCACCACCUCUCCCUCCAGCACCAACCGCCUCCCGCCCUUGCCCCUGUUGAGCCGUCCGCUGACGGUCAACAGCCGUACAUUCCGACGCACCACAGCGGCCUACGUAUCAGUGAGAUCAUGGAACGCGAAGACGGAGCACAACGAAAACUCCCAAUCCCCAUGGUGCCUUCAGCCGUCAAGGUCAACGAUCUCCUCAACAACCCCAACGGCUUCAGCAGCGGUCAGUCCAGCACUACUGGCAGCAUAGCCGGCGACAACUCGAAUUAAGCAGCUUGCAACUUGUUUGGUUGAAAUCAUUGUCAAGGAGUUAGGCUUUAAUGGCUAUGGCACGAAAUCAUGGCCUGGGCGUUCUGUCAUAUCAUUUUCGGAGUCUCUGUUAUUCUUCGUUUCGGCACGGCGUUUUCUCUACCCUAUAGACUGGACUGGAGUCGGAUUGAUCGGAAUCAUUGAGCGGGAAGCGUGAGGGAAGUUCAAGGAAAGGAUCCCUUGCCGGGUUUGUGGUCAAAGAGGAUACCUGCGAUCGAAAAGAUCGCCAACUGUUUUGUUAUUGCUUUCGAAAACCCCAAUGACUUCGUUUCUGUUCUUUGCGAUUUUAGCGGCUUGCCUGUUUCUCUACACUAAUGCGG